AUGCAACUUGCUGCAUCACCCCCUCAAGCCACUUGUUCCUUAGCCCUUCGAUUGGGUGAAAGACAAGAAACUCCCAGAGAGGUGACCUUUACCUCAGAGCCAAAGUAUGCUGAAAUGAUGGAUCCUGACGUGAGCAAAGAAAAUAAUCGGAGUCGGGGCAGGGGACGAGGACGAGGGAGGGGACAGGGUGGUGGAAGGAAAACAAUACCGAGAAGCCCUUUACAAGGUGCAUCUACAUAA